AUACUUUGUUCCCACCCUCCUCAACGCCAACGAAAAAUCUCGCCGUCGUCGUCGACAUCAUCAAGACCCAAAACUAUCCAUCAUGUCGGAAUCUAACUUCAAGCGCUUCGUCGAGGUGGGCCGUGUGGUCUUGCUCAAGUCGGGCCCCAGCGCUGGUAAGAUUGCAGUCAUCGCUGAAAUAAUUGACCACAACCGGGCAAUAAUCGAUGGCCCUACCACCUCCGUUCCCCGCCAGGCUUUCCCCUACAAGCACCUUACCCUAACGCCCCACAAACUCACCAAACUUCCCCGUGGCGCAGGAUCAGGUAUCAUCAAAAAGCAGCUUGAGAAAGAAGCCACCGUAGCCAAGUGGGAAGGCAGCAAGUGGGCGACGAAGCGUGCAGCGCUUGAGCAGAGGCGGAAGCUCAAUGACUUUGGACGGUUCGAGGUGCAGCUGUUGAAGAAGCAGAGACGGGAUCUCGUCAGGAAGGCCUUGGCAAAGAAGGCAUAGAUGUUGAUUUGUAUGAUUUAUGCAUCCAUGCUUUAUCCAUGUUCAUGCUGCGCUUUCCAAUGCUACCUCUGAGUUUGGCGUGAUUUCGGUUACUCGUAAAAGAGGGUUCAAUUGUGGUAGCACGAUGUGGAGUUUCCUUAUUUCACGCAAGCAGUCGGCAUCGCCAUUGCUCAUCGGGGAAUGCUUUC